AUGCAGUUGGGGGGGGACAACUCACGUUCGGUCUCCAUCGUUAUGAAGCAGGCGGGGAUUCAAUCGACGCAACGCAUGAUUCCGGAUGAUGCUUCUUUGCGUCGUGCUGCCAUUGUCGACGUGGUGUUGCUGUACUGCUCGGAUGUUUUGUUUCCGUCCGGGUUUUGUGUGGCGGCUGGUGGAGAUUCUGCUUCCGCUGAGACCUGCGAUGGGGCGGAAACGCGCUGUUCCCAUUUGCUUGAAGAAAAUGCGGCGGCCGGGGAUCUUUGCGUGGAGCGUCUCUCGGGCGGUAUUACGAAUGAAUUGUUCCGUGCGCAUCACCCAUCCGAUCAUACCCGCUCUGUUGUGGUGCGGGUCUUUGGAAGGGAAACGGAGCGUGUGAUUUCGCGCGAGAGCGAGUUCUUUUACCAGUCACUUUUUAUCCCCACCUACGUGCGUGGCGCGAACUUUCUUAUUUAUCAAUUCUUCAACCAGUACGAGGUGCUGCCAUUCACGGAGAUGUCAUUAGAGGCGAGUAAGAUGGCCUGCGAGGUGGCGGCGUUCCAGGUGCGGGCCACACUAGAGUCCAAGUGCGAUCACCAAAACCCGCAAUUGUCGGGGGAAGAGCGGGCGUACUGGGACGCGGUCGGCGUGACGCUUGGAAGCAACUCUUCCGCAGAGUUUGGCACGUGCCGAUUUGAUCGCGAGGAGAAUUACACCCUACAUGCACUGACGAAGUGGGCGGAGCAGAUGUUGUCUGAGGGAGUUCUCAAGAAGGUGUCUGCGAAGAAACGGGCGGAAUAUGAAGAGGCCGCCAGGCAUUUGGAGGGAGAGGCGUCGUGGAUGCGGAAACUGCUUCUCCGUCACGCAUCAAGUCUGGGGGAGAGUGUAUGCCACAAUGACCUUCUUAGCGCAAAUAUUAUGCGUCACAGAUUGAAUGGGAUGCUUAAAAUAAUUGACUUUGAUUACGUAAAGAGAAACUAUUUUCUUUUUGACAUUGCCAACCAUUUUAAUGAGUACGCGGGGCUGGAAUGUGACUAUGACCGGUACUUUCCUUCCGAUGAGGAAAUGUCAAGAUUCAUAGGGAUCUACAGGAAGGCAAUGCGUGCGGAGCUAAAUAAAUGCCGUGAAGACGCACGUUGCAGAGAACUGGGUGAGAUCAUUCCUGGGCAGAGUCACUUUUUUAUGUGUGCGGCAAACAGAGAAGAAGAACAGGAGGAAGAGCAGCGGACAAUUGCACAUUGGGUGAGGCUUGUCAAACUUCUUACAUUAGCAUCGCAUCUCUCUUGGGGCAUUUGGGCCUUGCUUCAGGAGGCGGUUUCGGCGCUAGAAAUGGACUUUUUAGUCUACGCCAAGUGUCGUCUGAAACGUUAUCUUGAAACAAAGUACACAUUUUCCGCAGGGUUUAAUUGA